AUGCAGUUGCAGAAUGGGGUGUGGGGGCGGGUGAGGAGGAGAUGGGUGAGGAGGAGAUGGGGUGAGGAGGAGAUGGCUGAGGAGGAGAUGGCUGAGGAGGAGAUGGGUGAGGUGGAGAUGGGUGAGGAGGAGAUGGGUGAGGCGGAGAUGGGGAUUGCGCGAAGGCGAUGGAAUGGGAGUGAGCAUGGGCGACGGGAUGGAGUGGUGAGGGAUGGAGUGGUGAGGGAUGGAGUGGUGAGGGAUGGGGAGGUGAGGGAUGGAGGGGUGAGGGAUGGGGAGGUGAGGGAUGGAGUGGUGAGGGAUGGGGAGGUGAGGGAUGGGAAGGUGAAGGAUGGGGAGGUGAGGUAUGGGAAGGUGGAGGAUGGGGAGGUGAAGGAUGGGGAGGGGAUGGAUCCGCCGGCCCCACCCCUGAGCACAAGAACUGACGGAGGGAGUGCGCGUGGGAGACGGAGGGGAGUGCGCGUGGGAGACGGAGGGAGUGCGCGUGGGAGACGGAGGGGAGUGCGCGUGGGAGACGGAGGGGAGUGCGCGUGGGAGACGGAGGGGAGUGCGCGUGGGAGACGGAGGGAGUGCGCGUGGGAGACGGAGGGGAGUGCGCGUGGGAGACGGAGGGGAGUGCGCGUGGGAGACGGAGGGGAGUGCGCGUGGGAGACGGAGGGUAGUGCGCGUGGGAGACGGAGGGGAGUGCGCGUGGGAGUCGGGGGGCAGUGCGCGUGGGAGACGGAGGGGAGUGCGCGAGGGAGACGGAGGGGAGUGCGCGUGGGAGACGGAGGGGAGUGCGCGUGGGAGACGGAGGGGAGUGCGCGUGGGAGACGGAGGGGAGUGCGCGUUGGCGACGGAGGGGAGUGCGCGUUGGCGAUGGAGGGGAGUGAAGGCGACGGGAGGGGAGUGAGCGUGAUCGUUCGGUGGCGGGGAGCGUGGGCGACGGGAGGGAGUGAGCUAUGGCGGCGGAGAGGAGUGGGAGAAGGCGACGGGAGAAAAAACGAUUGCUCCCCAUUACCUCUUCCCGCCUCCCCGUUUCCCCUUCCCGCCUCCCCAAUUCCCCUUCCCGACACCCCAUUUCCUCUUCCCGCUCCCCAUUACCCCUUCGCGCCUCCUCGUUUCCCCUUCCCGCUCCCCAUUACCCCUUCCUGCCUCUGCAAUUCCCCUUCCCGCCACCCCAUUUCCUCUUCUCGCUCCCCAUUAUCCCUUCCCGCCUCCUCGUUUCCCCUUCCCGCUCCCCAUUACCCUUUCCCGCCUCCCCAAUUCCCCUUCCCGCUCCCCAUUACCCCUUCCCGCCUCCCCAAUUCCCCUUCCCGCUCCCCAUUACCCCUUCUCGCCUCCCCAAUUCCCCUUCCCGCUCCCCAUUACCCCUUCCCUCCUCCCCGUGACCCCUUCCCGCUUCCCCAUUACCCCUUCCCACUCCCCAUUUCCCCUUCCCGCCUCCCCAAUUCCCCUUCCCGCCUCCCCGCUUCCCCUUCCCACUCCCGAUUAUCCCUUCUCGCCUCCCUUCUCAAACUGCCGAACACACAUCACAGUCGCCGCCCGAUCGCACAGCCUCGCUACCACCCCCUCAUCCCCCCCUUUCUCCCUCUCAUCUCCCCCCCUGCUCCCUGUCAUGUCCCCACCUUCUCUCUCUCAUGUCACCCCCUUCUCCCGCUCAUUCCCCCCCAUUCUCCCUCUCAUUUCUUCCCCUUCCCCCUCUUAUAUCUCCCCCUACUCCCUCUCAUUCCCCCCAUGAAGCCCCUCAUUCCCCCCCUUUCUCCCUCUCAUCCUCCCCCCUGCUCACUGUUAUGUCCCCCCUUCUCUCGCUCAUUUAAAUGCCACAUAACCUCCCUCUCAUUUCCCCGCAUUCCCCCCCCCUUCCCCCUCUCGUUUCCCCCCAUCUCCCUCUCCUUUCCCCACGUGCUCCUUCUCAUUCCCCCCCCCUUCUCCAUCUCGUUUCCCCCCCGCUCAUUUCCCCCCAUCUCCUUUCAUUUUCCCCCCUUCUCCCUCUCAUAUGCUUCUAACCCCUACCCCAUACCCAUCCAUCCCCUGUCAUACCCUUCCAUUCCCUUCCAUACCCUUCCAUACCUUCCAUUCCCUUCCAUACCCUUCCAUUCCCUUCCAUACCCUUCCAUUCCCUUCCAUACCCUUCCAUUCCCUUCCAUACCCUUCCAUACCUACCAUUCCCUUCCAUACCCCAGCCAUACCCUUCCAUACCCUUCCAUUCCCUUCCAUACACUUCCAUUCCCUUCCAUACACUUCCAUUCCCUGCCAUUCCCUUCCAUUCCCUGCAUUCGUGCACAGGCAUAUGACUAG